CAUUCAUCUUCAUUAACAUAACAAAAAUGGCAGAUCAAGUGAAGCUACACGGAUUCUGGAGCAGCCCAUUUAGUGCCAGAGUCAUCUGGGCUCUGAAACUAAAAGGAGUAGAUUACGAAUACAUUGAAGAAGAUCUUCAGAACAAGAGUGAAUUACUGCUGAAAUAUAAUCCGGUUUACAAGAUGAUCCCUGUCCUUGUCCACGGUGGCAAGGCGAUUGCUGAGUCACUCGUCAUUCUUGAAUAUAUUGAAGAAACAUGGCCGGAGGUUCCAUUGUUGCCGGAAGAUGCUUAUGAUAGAGCCGUGGCUCGCUUCUGGAUUCAAUAUGGUGUUACCAAGGGUCCCACAUUUCAUGCAUUAUUUGGAGCAAGCACCAAAGAAGAGCAAGACAAGGCAGCAAAGGAAGUCUUUGAGGUGCUAAAAGUGUUGGAAGAGAAAGCCCUCGGAGAUAACAAAUUUUUCGGUGGUGAUUCAAUAAGUCUGGUAGACCUCUCCUAUGGAUUUUUCGCUCAUUGGUUUGCAGCGGUGGAAGAAGUACUCGGUUUGACGGUGCUGGAACAGAGCAAACUGCCUAGGUUAUAUGCUUGGACUCAGAAUUUCAAGCAAGUCCCGGUGAUCGGAGAAAAUCUGCCGGAUUAUGAUAAGAUGGUGGCUUCCAUGACGCUCAAGAUGAACAAGUUUGCUAAAAAAUAACUUCAAAUAAUUGAUACUCUCGAUCUCAACCGUGAUUUGUUUAGAUGUUUGGUUUACGAUUUUCUUGGAUGUAAGUCGUGAUUAUUUAUGCAUGGUUUAUGAUUAAAUUAAAGUACGAUGUGUAACCUUUUGUAAGUGUGUUUUUGAAUCCAUUUUCAUUCAUUAACGAAAACUAAUUUUUAAUAA